UUUACGGAAGUAACAUGCCGUCGUAGGGAAGGAAGUGGAGGGGAAUAAAAGCCAAUGUUCCGAACUAUCCUUUUAGUUAUAAUAACUGUUAUAGUUAGCUAAAUUUCGCAAGGAAUGUAGCUAAACAUAAUGCAGUAUGUAUGAACAGAAUUACUAACAGAAAUAGGUAGCUCGAGUGUGUUCACUGUAAUUUGUGUAUCAUUAGUUAGCCAUAGCAGCCCCGGCACAUCAGUUAUAACUUUCAAACUAAACGUCUGACAAUGUAUUUGCACAGGGAAUAAUUGGAAUAUCUAGGUACUUGCAUGCGAAUACUUGCCGAGAGAGAGAUCAAGACAAUUCCACUGUUUACGUUUGGCAAGCUAGCCCAUUUACUAGCUAGCUAGCACAUCAAAAAAUGGGGGCCGAACAAAGUGGGGAUUCAGAGCACAAGCACUCUGACUACAGUUCUUCAGUGGUGCCUUCCCCAGCGAAACAGAGGGCGAAGAUGGACGACAUUGUGGUGGUUACUCAGGGGACCCAGUCAUUGCGUAAUAUCCAUAAUGAUCCAGAUGUUAUCAAGCUUCAAGAGAUCCCUACGUUUCAGCCACUGUUGAAAGGGGUCCUAAGUGGCCAGACAUCCCCCAGCAGUGUGUGUCUGGAGAAGCUGGACUCGGCUCAGGUGCUGCAGCUUUGUGUCCGCUACCAGGACCACCUGCACCAGUGUGCUGAGGCUGUAGCCUUUGACCAAAAUGCCCUGGUGAAAAGGAUUAAAGAGAUGGAUCUGUCGGUGGAGACACUGUUCAGCAUCAUGCAGGAGCGCCAGAAGCGCUACGCCAAGUAUGCCGAGCAGAUUCAGAAGGUCAACGAGAUGUCCAUGAUCCUGAGGCGCAUCCAGAUGGGCAUCGACCAGACAGUUCCGCUCAUGGAGCGGCUCAACAACAUGCUGCCUGAGAGUGAACGGUUGGAGCCCUUCAGCAUGAGGCCUGACGGGGAGGCCAAGUAGCCGGCAGUGGAGACACAGACUCUGUCACUAACCCCACCCCCCUCCCCCCGUGUGCUUACAAUGACACUUACACAGCCUGACUUAGCUGGCGUGUACAGCUUUGACCUGCAUGUGAGCUUGUAUGAUCUUAACGGGUGGUGUGUCCCCUUUCUCGUUACCGUGUUGGAUCCUGCCGGGAUACAGGUCUACUGAAGUUUACACUGCGAUGUUCUAAGAACCUUGUAGGAUCACCAGUAUUGAAUAUCUAAAGACUAGUGGUGGUGAGUUAUUUAUGUUAUGUCUAUUUAAGGCACAUUUUGGUUAAAAUAUCUCCCUAAAAGUGUGAAAUUCACUUGGGACAUUGUUUAAGUGGUCGUCAUGUUUCGAGUUUGUCCAAAUGAUCUUGGGUUGUAUGGUGUCUUGUACACGUGUGUGAAGCACUGAAGAAAUCAUUGUUUCAGGUCAGAAAACUCAACUUACUGUAGCCUAUAGUUCAGUGUAUCUUUCUAGCAAAAAAUUCAAUUCAUACAGAUUAUUUCUUUUGCCAGACUAACAUCAUAACCCGCGAUUUUACUGGACAUGUAUUGCAUUUAAAGGAAGCCAUGCAGAAUACACCUAUGAAACAUCUAUUUUACAUAUGUGGCAUGUCUAGCUAUAGCAUUGUGUGUUAUAGACAUAUCUUGAAUCUGGCCUGGCUUUGCUUUACUGUAUCAGUUUCUUGAUGUAAUGUGACUAACAUCUAUAUGUUUAGUGUGGGACUGAAUGCAUUUCAGUGACAUUUUGAAUUGACUUUUGAAAAAUGCUUUUGACUAAAGACCUGAAAGUUUGUUAGAGACAACCUGAACAUGUGUGUUUUCACCUUUAAAUCUUAGUAUAGGCAUACCUGCAAAGAACGUAUCCAGUCGGGUUGCUGCUAAGGAAUUGUGCUUGCAGCACAAAUGUUUCAUUGCAGUUAUGUUAAGUUCUGAUUGUCAUCUUUUGAAAUGAAACACUCCACCAUUGGUAUAGGCUAUGAGAUUCCUUUCAUGUGUAAAUCGAAUAGAGUAGUAAAAUUGACCACCAUUAUUGAGGAGUUUUGUUGGAUGGGGGAAAAAAACGUAAAUGUAAAAGGAAAUUCAGAUCAGUGAAGCCAAAGAACGUCACACCUUUUAUUGAGUAUAAAUCAAAUUAGUUUUCCUUCUUUUGUAUUCAGAAAAAAAUGAUGAGAGAGAGAUGGCUCAGUGUGUGUGUGUGUGUUCACAAGAGUGGGUAGGAGUGAAAUUCUUAUCCAAAAAUUCCAAUAUACAGGCCAAAUGUUGUUUCUCUAAAACUUGGCUAAGUACUUAACAUACUGUAGAGAAAAUAUGCUUACAUAUCGUGUUACUGCUUACAAGUCAUGUUGUGGUUGCAUAGUAGGAUUUUUGUUUGACAUCUUUUUAUUCAUUGUGUAUGGACGGUAAUUCUAUUGAAUUACAUAUUAUCUUGAAACAUAAUGCUCCACAGGAACAUUCUCUAUUUUAGGCAGAAAAUCCACACAUAGGGCAUGCGCCUUGGGUUCCGCAAUUUAAUAGAAGGCAAUCCCUUGUGUGUUGUGAGUUUGUGAGUUAUUAGAGUUAAUUAGUUAUGUAGAUUUGCUUGUGCAGUCAAUUAAAAAUGAGACUUGAUUGUAACAGUGAACCAUAUCACAAACGUGCAUGUGGAUUUGUCUACAAGGAAUUAGUACCUGAGAUGUUGAAAUCAUUUAAUAUUAUACAAAAACAAUAAUAUCAGUACAGCACCAAUUGGAGUUUCAUUACUGACCUCCAUUCAGAUAGAGUGCCAACCUAUUACACCUCUAUGCAUAGUACAGUAUACUGUUUCUUUGAAGCUGAAAUUGAAUAAACCAAACAAAUGGG